AUGGGUGGAAUAUCAAUAGGUUCUCUCGACGUUGAUAAUGCGGAGACUACGACGACGAUAACAAAGGCUCACGAACUCACUAGAGACGAGGUAGAUACCAAGAGAUCGAAGAGUCAAUCCAAUGAUGCACAUAUUUACCGAGGAAGAAAGAGAAAGGAGCCAUCGCCAGAAGAAACUAGAGCCUCCAAUGUCGCAAGGCACAAGGAAGAGACCCACAUGACAGAGCUGAGUCUAGCCAUAGCUCCACUUCGUGAACAGCAAACAAAACGGUGA